UCGAGCGUUUUAAUGGUGAGAUUAGGUUUAACAUCACCAGUUAUCUUCAACUUCAUUUGGACAACGAAUAAUUGAUUAAUUACAAAAAAAAGAAAAAGGAAAGACAUGAGUUCGUUAUUCUUCGUACUCCUACUGUGCGGAAUAUUGGCGCUGUACAUUUAUUGGCGCAAGAUAUAUAGUUAUUGGAAUAGACAAGGUAUACCGGAGGUACCGUAUUCCCUACCAAUCUUUGGUAAUCUAUGGCCAUUGUUAUUAAUGCAAAAAAAUUUACCGCAAUUGGUAGGGAGUUGGUACGACAGUUACAAGAACGCAAGUAUGAUUGGUUAUUACGAGGGUACAACACCAGGAUUGCUAAUACGAGAUCCUGAACUAGUUAAGACGAUACUGCAAACGAGUUUCUCGAAUUUUCACGAGAACUUAAUAAAAGUAGACAAGGACAUAGAUCCGUUGAUUGCAAAGAAUCCAUUUUUCAUGAAAGGAGAGGAAUGGAUGGUCGCUAGAAAAAGAUUGACCUAUGCGUUCUCCAGCAUGCGAUUGAAAAUAUUGUCGGAGACCGUACGCAAAGUCUGCAAGAAGUUCGACGAUUAUUUGUACAAGAAGAUCGAGGAGGAUCAAAGGGUCGAAUUCGAGACUAAGGAUCUAUCGGGUAGAUUUACAGGCGAGGUAGUUGCCAAUGCAGGAUUCGGUAUCGAAGGAUUUUGUUUCGAGGAUAAUUACAAUCCGCAAUCGUUUCACGAGAUGGGUAAGAAGAUAUUCAAGACUACCUGGUUUCUCGAUACAUUGCAAUCAAUGAUAUUCUUCCUACCGAUUCUAAACGAUUAUUUAAAAAUACCAUUUCUACCGAAGGAAAUUGAUCAUUUCUUCAGAACGAUCGUUAAACAGGUAAUAGAAAAGAGACGAGAGGAGACCGAAAAGCGGAACGAUUUCUUUCAAUUAAUGGUCGACCUUGAAAAAAGCGAGGGUCAGAAAUUCGACGAGGAAUCAUUGGCGGCACAUGCACUCUCGUUUUUCGUCGAUGGUUACGAAACAUCAUCGGCGACCUUGAGCUUCAUCUGCUUCGAAUUGUCCGUACAUUGCGACAUACAAGAAAAAGUGAGGAAAGAGGUUAGAGAUGUUCUGGCUAAACAUCAAGGAGAGAUUACUUACGAUUCCUUGAAAGAGAUGACGUAUUUGGAACAAGUGAUUAGCGAGUCACAGAGAUUGAAUACAUUGUUAGACAUAAUGGGAAAAAUCUGUACCAAUAACAUUGAAUUGAAAGGUAACGACGGUCUAACUUGUACUGUGGAAGCAGGUACUAAAAUAUUUAUACCGACUCGUUCGCUGCAAAGAGAUCCUAAAUAUUGGAGCAAUCCGGAAGCGUUUGAUCCAGAUCGAUGGACUGAAGAAAGAAAAUUCGCAACGACUAAAUAUUCCUUUUUACCAUUCGGUGAAGGUCCAAGAAUUUGUGUUGGUCUUAGGAUGGCAUUGUUACAGAUCAAAGCUGCCAUUGCGAGCCUGUUAAUGAAAUAUAAAAUAGAACGAAAUCCAAGGACUUCUUAUCCAGUUAGAAUCGGCGUUUCGGGUAUACUGUCGACACCUAUCGACGGACUCUGGGUUUAUCUGAAACGUCUCUGAAGUAAAUCCAAACUAAAACCGCAGAAGAAAUUUCCAGUUAAACGCCAUCUGAUUCAAGGCAAUCCGUAACUACAUCUGAUCAAGGCAAACGUAACUAGAAUGCUACCAGGAUCCGACCAGGACCCAUCCAGGACACAAUCUAAAUGCGAUCGAGUUGCUACCAGAACACUUUCCAAAUCCAACCAGUUAUACUCAGUUAUAUAAUUUUUUAAUUUUAUCAGCGAUAUAUUAAAAAGAGAAAACGUUAUCUCUAUUCUUUGUUUUUUUUUUUUUUUUACGUUCAGUAAUGAUUAGAUAAAAAAUAAUACUUUGAAUAAAUUAAUCAAUUUACUAAAUUGUCAAAUUUACAAGUAGUUUCUGUUUAAUCAUAGAUCCAAUUCCAAAUAAAAUAGCGUGCUAGUUAAGAGUCGACGAAAGAAAUACUCGAGAUCUACGGAUUACAAAAUUGUUGCGAUAGCGUUUUUUCAACGAAUGAAAAAUGUAUUCUUAAUUAUUAUUUUUUGUAAAAUUUUUGUACGCCCUUUCUACAUUGAUAAAUUGUAAAUAAAUAAAUAAAUAUAAAAAUAUAUAUAUACAUAUA